AUGCCUCCCCCUCCCCUAAACCUUACCACUUUCAGAGUUAAAAAAGUCUUUACCAAUGAUAUCAAUGAUGGUUAUAUUAGCGGCGCAUCAGCAAACGACCGAAGCGCUAUAGAAUCAAUAUCCAGUGGUCCCUCCUCAGGUUUCCCGUCCAACCUCGAGAGGAGUGUCACCUCACCUAUUCUCGAACGUCCUCUUCGCAUAAAACGUAGAAUCAAAAAAGUUAUCCCGGUGGUACCUAUCAACAAUGAAUUAGAAUCCGAAUCCUCCCAGCCCAUUCAAACCCCUCUUAUGGAAUCAGAUUCUCGCGGUCUUUCCGAAACCUCCUUGAUCAUGAACCUUGACGGUUCUGUCAAGUCACCUCAUCGCAAACCCGCCCUGAUCAUCAGAAGAAAAACCAAGAAAACUGCCCCGCAGGAAUUUGACCAGGAUGCAGUGGACGCCGAAUCAAGCAACCCCAGUCAACCCCCUUGCGCAGAACCAGAGCCUGUCCUUGAAGCACUCCCAACCUCCAAACGUCGCUUGAAGCAUCGCGGAUUCGCAUUGGCCCGUGGUCAGGACUUGGAAGAAGCUAUGCGGAAUUGGUCGGCAGUUGAAGCUGAGCCUGAUCUCACGACUGAAAAAGUAGAAGAAGCUUACGAAUCUGACAGUGUAUACUCGCAAGCAAGUGAAUAUUCUCAUUAUGGUGAAUCUCUUGUUGAUCCCUGGUUAAAUACUAAGCGUAGAAAAUCAUGA